AAACAACCAUAUGUUAAAAAAAAAAAAUCAGCCCCCUUUUUUUCCGUUCCCAAAAUUUUGAACUCCAAAGAGUUCAAAUCCGUAAUCAGAAAAAAAAAAAAAAAUUCAUACUAAAAUCGGAAAGCGCAGGUGAAAACUUUACUGGCAACACUGUCGGUUCUUCACCUCACAUCUCGAAUCCUUCCUCAACGGCUUCUGUCGGUUUGCUUCAGUUCAAAGAUUUCCUUUUUUGGUGUUUUAUGCAUAUAUUUUCUAUGUAAAUUUAGGUGAUAUAUUGGCUCAGUAUUAUGUCGCUGUUGAGUAGAUUUUUCUAUAGAAGGCCCCCAGAUGGGUUGCUGGAACUUGAUGAUAGAGUAUAUGUUUUUGAUUCUUGUUUUUCGACUGAAGUACUGCAUGAGGGAAUUUAUCAGCUUUACUUGCACGAAAUCAUAAAUGAACUACAUGAAGAAUUUCCAGAUUCCUCCUUUCUUGCUUUCAAUUUCAGAGAAGGCGAGAAAAGGAGCCAGUUUGCUGAGAUUUUAUGCGAGUAUGAUGUGACUGUAAUGGAUUACCCAAGGCAAUAUGAGGGCUGUCCUGUACUGCCAUUGUCAUUGAUACAUCAUUUUCUAUGUAUCUGUGAGAGUUGGCUCUCUCUUCAAAAUCAUAACAAUGUAAUUUUGUUACACUGUGAGAGAGGUGGUUGGCCCCUUCUAGCCUUCAUUUUGGCCAGUUUCUUGGUUUUCAGAAAGUUACAAAGCGGAGAGAGAAAAACUCUCGAGAUGGUUUAUCGUGAGGCACCUAAAGGUUUAUCGCAAUUGUUGUCACCUUUGAACCCAUUCCCUUCUCAGCUUCGUUACCUGCAAUAUAUAUCAAGAAGAAAUAUAUCUCCCGAGUGGCCUCCUCCUGAACAAGCUCUUUCUCUGGAUUGCCUCAUUCUUCGUGCCAUUCCAAGAUUUGACAAUCAAAAAGGGUGUAGGCCAAUUGUGCGCAUUUUUGGAAGGAACCUUCUCAGCAAGGAUGGAUUGUCAACUCAUAUGUUGUACUCCAUGCCGAAGAAAGGUAGAGGCCUUCGACAUUAUCGCCAGAAGGACAGUGAUGUCAUCAAGAUUGAUAUUCAGUGUUUGGUGCAAGGAGAUGUAGUUUUGGAGUGUGUCCACUUAGACCUGGAUCCUGAAAGGGAAGUCAUGAUGUUCCGUAUUGUGUUUAACACUGCUUUUAUUCGCUCUAACAUUUUGAUGUUAAACUGCGAUAACCUGGAUAUUCUAUGGGAUUCAAAGGCACGCUAUCCAAAAGGCUUUCGAGCUGAGGUUUUAUUUGGUGAUGUUGAGAGCAUAUCUCCACUAAAAGCUCCCACUGCAGCUCUCAAUGGUGAGGAGACUGGUGGACUUCCUAUUGAAGCCUUUUCAAGGGUACAAGAACUUUUUAGUGGUGCUGAUUGGGUUGAUACUGGUGAUGAUGCUGCUUUGUGGUUGUUUAAACAGCUAUCGGUGCUGAAUGAUAUGAAAGAUUUGUCAAUUUUGCAAAGUAGGAUGAGUGGGUAUUCAUCCCCAUUUGAUUCUGAAGAAGAAAAUAAUGCAUCGAGCAUUGCCGACAGUUUGGAUUUUCUGGACUCAGAGAAAGCUAGUAGUAUUAGUUAUGCUAAUACAACAGAUGUCAACUUUUUAGAUGAACAGGAUUCAGCUUCUGAUGGAACUUCUGAUCCCAAGAUUUCUGAGGGUCAAAUGAAGCUUUCAAAGUCAGAUCUUGGUCCUGUUCAGUCUCUUUCUGAAAGUAACUGUCAAUUGGAUACUGCCAUUUCUCCUGAACGUUUAAAGGGAGUUCAAAUUUGCGAUACAAGGACUUCCUCUUCUUCUCCGCUACCUUCACCACCUCCGUCACCUGCCUCUGUGAUUUCUAGUAUAAAAGUUACUCAAUCAUCAGCUCCAUCUCCCCCUUCACCACCCUCUCUGUUUGGUUCUCCUAGCAAGGAGGUCUCAUUACCUCCUCCACCUCCUCCACCACCUCCACCUCCUCCUAUAAUUGGUGUCCCUUCUUCUGUCCCACGUACUCCUCCGCUUCCACCACUUGCAAGUUCUAAUAGAUCACCUCCACCUCCACCUCCACCACCACCACCACCUUCAAUUGGUAGCCAUAGAGAACAUUCACCGCCAAUACAACCUACUUCUUCAACUUCCCCUGAUAGCUUUUCUAGAGGACCUCCGCCACCUCCACCACCUCCACCACUUCCUAAUAAGAGCUUUUUAUGCUCUUCUGCUCCUCCACAUCCACCUCCUGUCCCUACAUUUUCUACUUCUAGAAGUGCCUUGCCUCCGCCUCCACCUCCACCUCCUCCUCCUCCUCCUCGGGGUCCAUCUAACUGUAAUUUAUCAGCUCCAGCUCCACCCCCUCCCCCUCCCCCUUUCAUGUCAUCUAAGUGUUCACCCUUGCUUUGUGUAACUUCCCCGCCUCCCCCACCUCCCCCGCUUACCCCUUCAGCCCUUUCCAAAGGCCCUCCACCUCCACCUCCACCUCCACCUCCGUCCUCUACUUCAAAUAGGCCAACUCUGUUGGCACCUCCACCGCCACCGCCUCCACCUCCGUCUUCUACGUCAAAAAGGCCAACUUCGUUGGCACCUCCACCUCCACCACCUCCACCUCCACCUCCAUCCUCUACGUCAAAUAGGCCAACUCCGUUGGCACCUCCACCGCCACCGCCUCCACCUCCAUCCUCUACGUCAAAUAGGCCAACUCCGUUGGCACCUCCACCACCACCGCCUCUACCUCCGCCUUCUUCAUCAAAUAGGCCUACUCCGUUGGCACCUCCACCGCCACCACCUCCACCGUCAAACAAUUCUACAAGGCCACCUGCACCUCCUCCACCUCCUUUGGGAGUUCCUAGGCAAGGUUCCACUCCACCAGCACCUCCACCAGCACCAAAGGCUCCUAAUGCUCCACCACCCCCUAGGCGGGGUUUGACACCCACUCCACCUCCCCCGCCUGGUGGAAAGGGCCUUAGUGUGCCAGCGCCACCACCUCCAUCUACCGGACGUGUAAGAGCCUCUGUAGGUUCAACUGCUCUAGGGAAAGGGCGAGGUACAGGAGGCACUUCAAUUCCUCCAAAAAAAGCUUCAUUGAAGCCCUUACAUUGGUCGAAAGUUACACGGGCUAUGCAAGGGAGUUUAUGGGCUGAUACACAAAACAAGGAAAAUACUUCCAGAGCACCUGAAAUUGAUAUUACGGAGCUUGAGAAUUUGUUUUCAGUGGCUUCAGCUACUGAUGGCACUAGCAAAGGCGGAGGUCGACGUGGUUCAAAAAUCAACAAACCAGAAAAAGUGCAAUUGAUUGAUUUGCGCAGGGCAUACAAUUGUGAAAUCAUGCUUACAAAAAUCAAGAUUCCCCUGCCUGAUAUGCUUAAUGCUAUUUUGGCUUUGGAUUCAUCAGCUCUGGACAUUGAUCAGGUUGAAAAUCUGAUAAAAUUUUGCCCAACAAAAGAAGAAAUGGAGACACUGAGGAACUAUAAUGGGGACAAGGCGAUGCUUGGAAAGUGUGAGCAGUUUUUCCUGGAGCUGAUGAAGGUCCCACGAGUUGAGUCCAAGUUACGAGUGUUUUCAUUUACUAUCACUUUCUCUAAUCAGGUGAAGGACUUGAGAAGUAACCUGAGUACAAUUAAUGAUGCUACUAGAGAGGUGAAAGAAUCUGCCAAAUUACGUCAGAUAAUGCAGACCAUUCUAACAUUGGGAAAUGCUCUGAAUCAGGGUACAGCACGAGGAUCUGCUGUAGGGUUCAAGUUGGACAGUCUUCUUAAGCUUUCUGACACUCGUGCGAGAAACAACAAAAUGACCUUGAUGCAUUAUCUGUGCAAGCUCCUUGCUGAGAAAAUGCCAGAGUUGCUUGAUUUUGACAAGGAUCUUCUUCACUUGGAAGCUGCUUCUAAGAUUCAACUGAAGUCUUUGGCUGAAGAAAUGCAAGCAGUGAGUAAAGGUCUUGAGAAAGUUGAACAAGAACUUACUGCAUCCGACAAUGAUGGUACAAUAUCUUCAGGAUUUCAGAAGGUGUUAAAGAAUUUCCUUGAUACUGCUGAGGCUGAAGUCAAGUCUCUCACUACUCUUUAUAUUGAAGUGGGAAGGAGUGCAGACUCCCUAUCCCUGUAUUUUGGCGAAGAUCCAGCUCGAUGCCCCUUUGAGCAAGUGACACAAAUUUUGGUGGUGUUCAUGAAGAUGUUUAAAAAAUCACGCGAUGAGAAUGAACAAGCAGCUGAUGCUGAAAAGAAGAAACUGGAGAAGGAAGCUUUGAAGGAACAAGUGGCUGCUAGUUCUUCUGGGAAGAAAGGAGUUGGUGACUCUGAUAGAGUAAAACUGAAUUUUUUAAAUCAGUUACAUGCUGUGUGAUCAGUUCAAAUCGUCCGAAGCUUAUACUACUCGAUGAACUGCCAGAAUCAGUCAAAAACUUUUUUUGAUGAUAGCAGCAGAGCCUUGGAAGGCUCUGUUGAUAUGCCACUGUACGAUUUAAGUUUUAUAGUUAGUUAUAUCUGUACAUAAUUUCCAUAGUUAAGUUGGCAUUAUUUUUUUGCCAUUUAAGAAUCGCGCACAAUUGCCAUUGUCACUACAUUUUUGUAUCUGAAUGUGGUAAAAACUGAGACCUCAAGCAUUGAAAGGGUUUCCAAGUUGUACAUAUUGAAGUUCCAUAUUGUAUCUAUGUAAUUUUUUUUUUAAAUUGCAGAUUCUAGUUAAUAGCAAUAGAAGUUUUUACUCUCAA